AUGUUCAUAAAAAGACCGACUGCCGAGGAAUCGGACGACGAUCUCCAGCGUAUGCAAGAAGAAUGGGAGAGCGCCAAAAAAGUCCAUUUGUUUUUGACUUUGCAAUAACAUUUCAAUGUUCAGCCAAACGUUCAAGUACAUCGGAUGAAGAAAAAGGAGAAAGGUUCCGUCAGAAAAGGACGUUAGUUUUUCUAAUUGGAAUGUGUUGUCCAUAAAAAAAUCUCAUUUGCUCCAGCGGGAGUUGCAAGCAAUGGGGCAGCUCGUUUCACGAUUGACCUGGACAAAAUCGCCGAGGAAUCUGUGGCUCAGAUCAUGUUUCCUGUCCAGGUCCAGUUCAUUUUCCUCAGAGACCCAUUCUGAAAUUGGGGUUUCAGGAAAGAAACGGCGAAUGGUUGGAAGGUGGGAAACACGACGACAUCUUGAGGGAAGGCCUGUCUAAGUCUUCUUACUCGAAAGACGAUGGCUUCCCCGAACCUCUCGAUCUCUCACACUAUUAUGGGUUACUUUCACGCUUCGUUUCUUUCAUUUUCAAUUCAAUUUGCAGUAAAGACGUCGAAUCCAGUCGAAAAGCAACUCCAGGAAAAAGUUUUUUCGCUGCAGAAUUUGACCGUAUUCAUGGGAGAAUUGGUAUGUCCCUAGAGUAUUUUUUCCAACAGUGCAGAGUUUUAUUCUCAGAAGAGAAUUUGGACGAGGCAGUAGAUGAUCAAACGGCUGACCAAUCGACUUCAGAUGAUUUUUCUGGUGACAAUGAUAAGUCCGUAGAAGUUUCUUUCUUUCAUUCCAGUCUCGCCUGUAUUCAGAUACAUUGCAAGUCUGGACUUUGAGAAAGUUAACGACCUGAAGCGAGAGAUUCAAGAGAGAUUGGGCAAGUUUUCCUCCGAAAAUGUUCAAAUCUUGAACCACAUUUACAGAUCCCAAGUUAGUUGAGUUUUUGAAGUCUAGGCGUAAAACAAACACGAAAACUAACGAAAAACCGAAAGGUAUUAAUUUUUUCAUUCUUUUUAGAAAUUAGACCUAUUUCUAGUUUCAAAAUUCAAAACUCGUAGAGAAGCUGAGAAAAACUCGAAAGCUGAACCUGGCGGUUUCGCUUCUACUUCCGGAGGUACUUCGAGCGAUUUAUGAAUCGACAGUUUGAACUUCAGAAAGAUCUGCGGCUUUUGUUGAAAAGAUCAAAACCCCAGUGGAAGUAACAGAGAUGUUGAACGAACUCGAAGUUCUAGAAGAGUAUGGAAACAGGGAGGAUCGAGAGAAGUACAACAGACUUGCUACCGUGGGCCAUUUUUUUCUUAUUUCGGCUUUAUUUCGUGAAAUACUACAUGUUUUCCAAAAGGCUAUUCAAUGUUAAGGACGCUGUUCAACUGGACAUCGCCGCCAAGUUCGGCAAAAACGUCGCUUCGCGACAAGAAAAGAACGCGAUUCGUCUUUUCGACAGCUGUAAAUUCCGGCCCGAUGGGUAUCCUCAACAGUUUUCUCACUAUAUAUCAGUUAUUCCCAGAUGCGAUGGGAAGGAUGAGUUACUGGAAACGGCAAGGCAGUCUAUCGAAGACAUCAAAUCGCUCUACUUGCAAGAAGUGUAAUGUUUCAGAAUCACUUUCUGUCUCAUAAUCAUUUUUGAAGGCUGGUUGACGGGGUGAAAAGGAUCGAGUUCGCCAAGGGAGUCAGUCCGAUCCUCGACGGCUGCUGGACCUUGGUUCCCGUAAGAUCCGUCGUCGACGCCGUCGAUAAACGAGCCGGGUACGCCUUCCUUCGAAGGUCCUUUCACUGGUGACCUCAGAAAAGUUCUGCCUGAUGACGUCGAAAUCGUGCGCUUGGCACUUUUCUGGACUCUGCUGCUCUUCGAGGAACGCAAGUCUGCUUUUCUCGCCUUUGCCGACCCCAGCGAGUUUUUGGUUAGAAUCGCCGAGGUCUUUUUGAUAGGUCUGUCCGAUGUCAGGUCGUUUCUCAUCCAAGUUCCAGGCUCUGAGAUGCUGGAUGACGGCCGGACGAUGUCCUGUGUGGAGAGACUUCUGGACAACUUCGUCCUCAAGGUAACCUUACUCCGAUUUCCUUCUGAUGUCCCGUUCAGGCCGCCAAAGAGGGUCGCAUUUCGUUGAGGAUGAAUGCCAAGGUGGCCGGUCUCGACGCCUUCAUGCCGUUGUUUGUGUCUUUCUCCUUUUCGUGAUCUAAAUCAACUUUCAGCUAUGAAGACUUGCUCAAAAAGUAUGAACAGUAUUCCUUGGGAGAUGCUCAGUUCACUAAAGUUAUCCUUAUUUGUGCCUAUCUGAACGGCUCUCUGAGUGAUAGGCCAGUUUUUCCAGCUGCGGACUUCCUUGACUUCGCGGUUUCAGUAUAGAACUCCGGUAUGGUAUCUGGUCACCGCGUCGGAGCGUCAUUCGCCAGGUUACUGUAGACACUGCGGCAAUGGUUUUUUCGCUGUCUCGCAAGAAAUGAGCUUCUGACUUUAGAAAACGGUCUACGAGAUCAUCAAGACGCGGAGCGUUGAGGCGGAGAGAGAAAUCGACGAGCAGCACUACGUACAGUACACGGCGCUUCUCAGUGCUUAUGCCGCCGCUAUCCGAGAUCAGAUUGUCCGUUUCUUGUUUCGAAGGCUAUUCAAAACUGCUUUCCAGGUUACUAGAGACCGAAACGGACUCAUGUUCGAAAUUGCGGCCUUUGAAUUGGGCAACUACGUUUCGCGACAUUCUCGGCUACCAGAGGCUGGUCAGGUUUCUUAUAAUUAUUGUUUCCCUCCUAUUUUUUUUUCGAAUUUAGGAGCCAGAGAAACGGAAACAUAUUGAUAUUUUCAUUGAAGUCGUUCGGAAGACUCUCCAGGGAAAACUGAACAUUUGA